AUGGAAACAAAUGCAGAAACUAAAAUGGAAAAGGUCAAACGCCUCAUGGAAGAAAUGAAAGCUGCCCGAAGUGAAUUAGAAAGUCUUCAAGAACAAGAAUAUGACGUUCAAAAAUCAAAUCAAUUAAGAGAAGAAUUAAUGCAUUUAAAGCAAGUAUAUCGUGAAAAUGAAAUUUAUAUUCAGAAUCAUAGUGCUUCACCUAAUUUUGUUCCUGAACAUAAGGAAGAUUGCGUUAGACGUCAUGUACCAAGAUAUGAAAAGCUUUUCAAGGAUCAAAAUCCAGAAUGGAAGACUGUUGGCCAAGUUUAUUAUCCGACAUGCCCAGAAGAAGAAAUUUGCCACCCAACUCCUUAUGUGAACUGUUCUUGCUAUCCGCAACUCAAAACCAUUGCAACUGUUAAUUGGAAGAAUCGCCCUGUUGUGGACGAUAGAGUUUACGAAAGGCCAUGGAACAAAAUCUAUAAGCCAUAA